GCCACCUGCUCUUGCCGCCCUUGGUCGCCACGCCUGUACACGCCUGCUCUCUGCCGUCUGCUGCGCUGCGCCUCGGCCCACCUGCCCGGCCCGCGCCGCCGCCGCCGCCAUGUCGCGCCCCGAGCACAUUGCGCCGCCCGAGAUCUUCUACGGCGAUGCCGAGGCGGGCAAGUACACCAGCAACUCGCGCGUGCAGCACAUCCAGCGCUCCAUGACGGAGCGCGCCCUCGAGCUGCUCGCGCUGCCGCCCUUCUUUGCCGACGGCGGCGCGCUGCUGCUCGACAUUGGCUGCGGCUCGGGCCUCUCGGGCGCCGUGCUCACCGACGCCGGGCACGAGUGGGUCGGCGCCGACAUCAGCCCCGCGAUGCUCGAGGUCGCGCUCGAGGAGGAGGCCGAGGGCGACAUGCUCCUCGCCGACGUCGGCCAGGGCCUCGGCUUCCGCGCGGGCAUGUUUGACGGCGCCGUGAGCAUCUCUGUCCUGCAGUGGCUGCUCAACGCCGAGAACCCGCGCACGUCGCCGCUCUCGCGCCUGCUGGCCUUCUUCAGCACGCUGCACGCCACGCUGCGCAACGGCGCGCGCGCCGUGCUGCAGUUCUACCCCGAGUCCGACACGCAGGUGCACCUCUGCAUGCAGGCCGCCACGCGCGCCGGCUUCGGCGGCGGCCUCGUCGUCGACUACCCCAACUCGAAGAAGGCCAAGAAGCUCUUCCUCGUGCUCUGGGUUGGCGGCGCCAUGGUGCCGCCGCCAGGCUGGCAGGGCGAGCUGGCGAGUGCCAAGCACGAGGUGCCGCAGGGCCUCGUCGCCGAGCACGAGAUGGGCAAGGCGGCCGCGACCCAGGUCAAGUACGAGAAGAAGCGCGACGGCGCAAAGGGCAAGAAGGGCAAGGGCAAGCGGAAGAGCGGCGAGAGCACCAAGGAGUGGAUCGUGCGCAAGAAGGAGCUUUACCGCACGCGCGGCAAGGAGGAUGUGCCGCUGGACUCCAAGUUCACGGGGCGGAAACGCAAAGACCGCUUCUGAGCGUCUGGGCCCGUCUGUCAUGUCAACCUGGGAAUCUGAUUGCUGUCACCGUGCCACCCUGCUGCCGCCGCCUAGAGGCCGUCGUCCAUGUCGAGCGGGAUCUGCACCUGCUCGCCAGGCUUAAACGCCGGCAGGCCUGUCCCGCGUGGUCAGUAUGCGGCGUGCACAGAUCUGCGCGGCACUCACCGAGAAAGGGGCAGCCGCUGCAGCGGAAGGCGUCGCCGAGGAAGCAGCUGCCGCACGAGCUCGUGGCGCCGCGCGUGUCCAC